AUGACCACGAAUUAUAUUGUAACCUUUCAAGACUCAGCCACCACUGAGCAGAUCAAUACCUACAUCCAACAGAUUAACGAAAACGGUGGAACUGUAAUCAACAGGUUCCCAGAUAUGGUCGCUAGAGGCUUCGUUGCCUGUGUACCAGAUUCAGUCCUCAAAAAGCUUCAGUCAGACCCUCUGAUUGAUCGUAUCACACCUGAUACCUCCUCCUAA